UUGUCUAACUUCUAAAUUUCAAUUUCACUACAAAUACACCACUACUUUUAAGUGAUUUGUAAGUGAGUGUUGUAAAUUAAUUUUUGGUAGUUUUUUUUGUGAGUGCCGAUUAUGAUUUUGACAAUCCUUUUAUUAUUUAGAAAAAAAAUGGGGCAAAAUAAGCAUUUUAAAAGAGGACACUAUUGCUCAUCCCUUCCCUUAUAUAAUAGAGAUUGUUACUUCCCUUAGAUUAAAAAAAAAAAAAUCGAUUUUAUGGUUAAGAAAGAGUAACAGAAAACACGGAAAAGGUUUCUAAGAAAAAGGAAAAGAUUAGAGAGAAUAUUUUUUUUUUAAGGAAAGAUAGAAAUAUCUUACUAUAAUCCUUGGACCCCAAGCAAUAUACCAAUUACCAACCCUUCUAAAAACCUAUAAAACCCUACCUCUAACAUUGUUUCACUUCACCAAGUGAUGGGAAAACCCAGAAAAGCUCCCACUAAAACCCUAAUUAACAACAUCAACAAUGCUUCCCUCUCAUUAUCUCUACCCAAAGAAGUAGAGCCAGAAAUCCUCAAAGGCCUUCCUGUAAAAACAUUGUUACAGUUUAGAUCAGUCUCCAAAAACUGGCAAUCUAUCAUUGACAAUCCUUCCUUUGCUCACACCCACUUCUCCAAUGCUGAAACCCGGCUUGGCGGGUCUCGGAUCCUCCUUUCUUUCUCCAACUCCGACGGCUCGAGGUACUACCUCUACUCCGUCGGUGUCUUCGGAGGCCGUGCUAUCCACCACCUCACCUUGCCUAGCGCCAAUUACAACGACAACGACAAUGACACGCUCUUAGUGAGGUCUAAGUGUUAUUUUCUCCCUCCUGUUAAGGGCUUAGUAUGUUUCUUCAAUGGCAAGAAUGUAUUUGUUUGUAACCCUAGUACAAGAAAAUUUAGAACUCUCCCUCUUUGCCCUACUAAUUAUAAUAAGACCUCUCAAAAUUCUUACUUUUAUAAACCCUACUCUUCCUACUCUUUUGGGUAUGAUUCUUGUUCUAAUGUAUUUAAGAUUUUGCAUGUUUAUGGAACAAUUUGUCGAGACGACAACCGGCUCUACAACGUAGAGUCUAGGGUUUUAACUAUUAAAACACCUGAUGAGUUCAAAUUAGAUUCAUUUUCAUGGAGAAAAAUUGCAUCCUCUUUUCCUUACCCUUACCCUUUUAGAACACAAGGUGUUUUUGUUAAUGGUUGUAUUUAUUGGGUUGGGUUGCGAGCACCGGGGGAAGAAAAUAUAGUUUCUUUUGAUAUUAAAGAAGAGAAGUUUCGCCUGAUUUCAUCCCCAUCUAAUGGGGUCCCAUCAUCGUCGAAGCUUGUCAAUAUUGGUGAGAAAUUAGGCAUCAUGUGCUACAAAACAUAUGGUGAUUUUUCCUUGGAAGUAUUGGUUUAUACAAAUUGUACAUGGGUUAAAAUCGACGUAGGAUCAUAUGUUGCCCUUAAGAAAAAAAAGGGUAUGAGUACUAAUUUCGCGGCUUUUGUUGGUAAUGACUACACUGGAGCUAUGCUACUAACUCCUGGUGUGUUGUUACAUGAUUUUGUUCUACGUUCAUUGAACAAUGGACGAGAAAGAGGAAUUAAGAUUUCUGGAUUGCCGGGUUGGAUCGAUUUUUUGGAUUACAAGAAGAUAAAUUAUAGUGUUUAUAAUUAUGUUGAAAGUAUUGUGCCCCUUGAUUUGGUAAUAAGAUUAGGGGAUUUUGCUGUGGAUUUGGCUAAUGUGAAAUUGGUGAAAUUGAUGCCUCGUUUAGUGGUUGAGAUGUGCAAAGAGUGGAAAAGUGGAGAUUUGGUGUUUGGUGAUGUGGAGGAAUUUGAGAAGAAAAAGAAGGAAGAAUUGGUUAAAAAGAGUUAUGCUGAAGCUGCUGCCAAGAGAUUAGUGAAAAAGGAGAGGAAAAAGCACAGUGGAGAUAAAUAUAAGAGGAAGUGAUAUUGAUUUAAUAGAAUUUGUUUGUCUUGGUAUUAGACUAUGAACAAAGUAGAUUUUCGGCUUGAUUUUUGUUUUGAAUUGAGAUGUAAUCAUUUUUUGAUCUACAAUAAAUUCUAUCUAGUGCCACA